AUGAAUAUUCCAAGCCAGAGGCGUAUGUCCGACAAUCCGUUUGUGGGAGAAGAUGGAGCACCUGGUGAACCAGGUCCGCCAGGAACACCUGGGCUACCCGGAAAUGCUAUUCCGGUCACUACCAACUAUAAUGAUGGGUGUCGGGUAUGCCCUCAAGGUCCUCGUGGCCCACCAGGUCCACCAGGACAUGAAGGCACUCAAGGGGAAAUUGGACCGCAAGGACCGCCAGGACGUCCUGGAGAACCUGGACGAGUUGGCUUUCCAGGUCAGUUAACAUUUUCAUGA